UCAGUCAUGACGGAUGCGAACAAUCUGUUGGCACUGUUGCAGCGCCCUCUGGAACCGACCUUCCUGCCGAAGGAUGACGGCAAGACGGUGAUCGACCUUCCGGACGACUUCCUCACCGAUCGGUACCGUCCGAUCGGAGCGGAACUGCAGUCACGCUUUUCGAGCGAUGCCGAACAGCGUAUCCCGGUGCGACAGGUGGCGACGCCCGAUCUGACGUUCGCAAAUGGAAUCCCACGCCGUGGUGGGUUUUCGCUGUUCAUACCGAAGCAUCGUGAUGCGGCCGCCGCUCUGAUCAAUCUGUUCAUGCAGCAGCCGGACGUACAGACGCUGAUGAGUGUGGCUACGUACUGCCGCGAUCGGCUAAACCCGGUCUUGUUCCAGUACGGUUUGGCCGUGGCCGUGCAGCACCGUGAGGACACGAAGAACGUUACCAUUCCGUCGAUCGUGUCACUGUUCCCGGAUCAGUUUGUCGAUCCUGCCGUGUUCCCGAAACUGCGCGAAGAAGGUGCCGUCGUGCAGCAGGAAAAUCGGAUGGUGAUCGAUAUUCCACCAAAUUACACCGCUUCCGACCGUGAAGAUGAGCAGCGUCUGGCGUACUUCCGGGAGGACAUCGGUGUCAACAUGCACCACUGGCACUGGCAUUUGGUAUACCCAGGUGAUGGACCGGAUGAGGUUGUGCGCAAGGAUCGGCGCGGUGAGCUGUUCUUCUACAUGCACAGCCAGCUGAUCGCACGCUACAACAUCGAGCGGUUCUGUGCCAAACUGAAGAAGGUACGCCAUUUCACCAACUACCGCGAACCCAUCGUCGAAGCGUACUUCCCGAAGAUGGUUCGCAGUCAAACGAAUCGCGCCUAUCCAGCGCGUGCGGCCAACGUUACGCUGCAGGACGUCGAACGUGUCGGCGACAAUACGUUCGUCUCGGUGAACGAUCUCGAACGCUGGCGCGAUCGCAUUCACGAGGCCAUCGAUCAAGGUUUCGUGCUGGAUAAGGACGGCAAUCGCCUGCCGCUGGAUGAGGAGCGCGGUAUCGACAUCCUGGGCGAUGUGGUGGAAGCAUCAAGCAUUACGCCGAACGCCAAGCUGUACGGAAGCCUUCACAAUAUGGGCCACAAUGUGAUCGCUUUCGUUCACGAUCCGGACUCACGCUAUCUGGAGGAGUACGGUGUGAUGGGUGACGUGACCACGGCAAUGCGUGAUCCAAUCUUCUACCGCUGGCACGGCAUGAUCGACGGUAUCUUCCGUCGGCACAAGGAUCAGCUGACGCCCUACACCGCCCAGCAGCUGGGCAAUCCGGGUGUCACGGUGAGCUCGGUCGGUGUGCAACUGUCCCGACCGAACACACCCGCCAACGUGCUGCUUACCUUCUGGCAGCGUUCGCAAGUGGAUCUGGCCGCCGGUUUGGACUUCGGUCCGCAGGGUAACGUGUUUGCGUCGUUCACCCAUCUGCAGCACGCACCGUUCUCGUUCCGCGUAGAGGUUAACAAUGACUCGGGCGCCAUCCGGAAGGGAACGCUACGCAUCUGGAUCGCACCGAAGGUGGACGAGCGUGGUACACCACUUACCUUCCGCGAGCAGCGGCUUUACUUCGUCGAGAUGGAUACUUCCACGGUGACACUGAAUCCUGGCAUGAACACGAUUGUACGCCGGUCGGACCAAUCCAGCGUUACCAUCCCGUACGAUCGGACGUUCCGUGCGAUCGGUACCAAAUCCACCCCGACCGACACCGGUGAUUUGGCUCAGUUCCGUUUCUGCGGUUGCGGCUGGCCCCAGCAUAUGCUCGUUCCGAAGGGAGCGCCCGAGGGUGUUCAGUUCGAUUUGUUUGCAAUGGUUUCCGACUAUGAGCAAGAUUCCGUUGCCCAGGAACUCGAUCCUAACGCACCGUGCAGUGACUCACACUCGUUCUGUGGAUUGCGGGACAAGAAGUAUCCGGAUCGCCGUGCCAUGGGCUAUCCGUUCGAUCGCUCCACGGAGCGUACCGUUACCACGCUGGAUGACUUUGUGGCACCGAACGCCAACAUGAAGACGGCCACGAUUCAGGUGAAGUUCAACAACACCGUAAUCGCGCGCACUUAA